UAAAUUGGAACAUUUGACCGCAUUGUUCUUUCAGAGACAUUACUCCUGCGAUGCUUGUAGCAUUACUAUAUUUGGCCGUGGGGCUGCUAAGUAACCAGGUCACUCUGGCCUGCCUUAAUUCUCACGAGUGCGGCACUGGCAUGUGCUGUAGAAGCGACGAUGGUCAGGUGGUAACCGAUCAGCACAUGGGCCACUUCGGACCCGUCUUCGACUCGCAAGUGAAUGGUACGUGCAGCACGAGGAAGGCCCAGAAAGGGGAGGUGUGUGAUGAUUCCUGCCAGUGUGACAAUGGUCUCGCUUGCUACCGACCAGUAAGCGGCGUUUGCUGUCCACCAAUGACGUGCUAUGACGAGGCAUACGUCAAACAACAACAGGCUUACUGGCACCGAUGCUUCUCCGACCCUAACUGCCCAAUCCCACCAUAAUAAGUCACGUUAUCCGAAACAAGUUUCAAGUUAUUACAUUAUAAGUGGUUAAAUGUAUUAAAUAAGUUGGUAAAACUUUAAGUGAAAUAAAGUAUUUAAACGUACACAA